GUCUAACUGCAAUCGCAGAUUCAUGUCAUAAAUUAGAAUGUUUAAAUAUUUCUAAUUGCACAGAGUUUUCUGAAAUAUCAAUUUGUAAUAUUAUUCGUUCUUGUCUAAGACUCCAGCAAUUUGACAUUUUCUUUUGUGAAAUUACUGAUAUAAUAAUCAAAGAAAUUGCUAGAUCAUAUCUUAAUUUAAAAUAUCUUAAUCUGGAAGGAUAUGAUAAUAUUAGUAAAGAAGCCAUAGAUCAGUUAAAUCCAAAUAUCCAU